GACAAAAAAUUAAUAGGUACGGUGAGAGGAGGAAAAGAGAAGGGAAAAAAUAGGGACGGUUUCAGUCAAGCAACGGCUUUUGUGACGACUUCGUAGGAACGGCCGCGGCUUUCUCUUCUCCGUCCCUCUUAUUAGAAAAAGAAAGGUGUUCGACGACUUACCCCAGCCCUCCUCCUUCCCCCACCCACCCCCCAAAAGCAAAGAGGAAGAAGAAGAAGAAGUUGGGAGAGUUUGAUUCACUCCGAACCCCCUCGCCUCCUCCCUUUUUCUACGGACGCGUUUUGGCAGCUGAUGGUGUUUCUCGGCUGAUCAUGGGGAGGGAAUCGCCCUCGGACGAUUCGCCCAAGGUGGCCGGAUCCGCGACGCCCCUCGCCGCGGUGGCGCAGGCCUUCGAGGAGCUCGCGAGACUGCUCGAGGCCGGCUCCGGGGACCUCCGCCUUGCUCCCUUCUCCGACGCCUGCUCCCUCGUCUCCAUCCUCUUCGAUUCCCUUGGUCUCGCGUUCAAAUUUGCCGAGAUGGAGUAUGUCGCCAAGGUGAAUGAUCUGAUUGAAGCAUCAAAGACUCAUGAUACUUUAAACAAAAUCAUUGAUCAUGAUCUUGAAAAUGAUACAGUUCGAAAGCAAGGUAGCCAUUCACGCAACCUACGCAGAGUCAGGCUAGGUCUUGACCUCGUCAAAACCUUGUUUGAGCAAUUUCCAUCAUCAGGUGGGUGCUCAUUAAAAGAAGCUGCUUCAAAUGCUUAUGGUCAAGUAUGUGCACCGUUUCAUACCUGGGCAAUCAGAAAGGCAGUCGGUGCUGGGAUGUAUGCUCUACCAACUAGGGAACAGCUAAUAGUGAGAUUAAACGAAACUGAUCAGUCUGUACAUAAGGAAAUGCAAAGAUUCAUCAACGCGUGCAAUCCGAUCAUACAAUACAUUGACAAUCUUUUCCUGUCAAAGAAAAUUAGCCUAGACUGGUGAUGCAGCACUUAACUCUACCAUUCUUUCAAGGAGCUCGGCUUUUUGGAAUUCAGAAAAUAUUUUUCUUCAAUGUCUUCAUGAUUCUUAGUUCAAAUUUUAUUAAUAAUACUGUAGUGAAGGACGGCGAUGUUGCUGCUACUAUUUGUUCAAAUUCAUUGUUAUAAAACAAUGUUGUAUCAAUAUCUUAUGGAAAGGAUGAUGAAAACAAAGGGCUCUGUAAAACUGGUGUUUUGUUUGUUUGAUUUUUUUUUCUAUGUAUUUUUUCUUUUUAAGUCUGGAAAUAGUGUAUUCAUGGAAACAAA